UCAUUCCGCCCUUUGAUUAAUAAUAAUCAUAGCCACCCACCCACCCACCCUUUGCCCCCACAAAAAGUCACAUUCAUUCUCUUUCCCCUCCCUCUCUUCUCAAUAAACACCCUUCUACUACCUCCCAUCACACUUUAUAAACCACACCAUCAUCUAAUCAUCAUCAAAACUAAACCACUCUCUAUUCCCUUCCUCCUCUCCCACACAUACUCCUUCCAUCACCUUAUGAUGGGUCUUCAUCAGGAUCCCACCGACUCAGGCCUUCAGCUUAUUCUAGGAUUAGCUUUGACAUCCACCCCAGAAGACAUCAUCACUCCAUCACCACCAUCCAUUCUUCAUCAUCACCAUCUUACCACUCACAGGCCAAACUCCUAUUCCUCUAAAUCCUCUUUCAUCUCUCCAUCUAACUCCGAGCCUGAGCCUUCACUCACGUUGGGCCUCUCCCGCGAAACUUAUCCGCAGCAGGUGGUGAAACUCCCCAGAAACAUACCACACAACAAACUCUCCUCUGAGGACCCUCUUGAACAGACAUCACCUCACAGUGCUAUUUCCUCCUUCUCCGGUGGAAGGGUCAAGAGGGAGAGGGAUCUCAGCUGUGAAGAGGUGGAUGCAACAGAGACGGAGAGGGUUUCUUCAAGAGCCAGCGACGAAGAAGAAGACGGCACCACCGCCAGGAAGAAACUUAGGCUUACUAAAGAACAGUCCGCUUUGCUUGAAGAAAGCUUCAAACAACACAGCACCCUCAAUCCUAAACAGAAGCAAGCUUUGGCCAAGCAAUUAAGUCUUCGGCCUCGACAAGUUGAAGUGUGGUUCCAGAACCGGAGAGCCAGAACAAAGCUGAAGCAGACAGAGGUGGACUGCGAGUUCCUAAAAAAGUGUUGUGAAACAUUAACAGACGAGAACAGAAGGUUACAGAAGGAGCUGCAAGAGCUGAAGGCACUGAAACUGGCUCAGCCCUUGUACAUGCCUAUGUCUGCGGCAACCCUCACCAUGUGUCCCUCGUGUGAGAGGCUCGGCGGCGGGGUAGGCGGCGGCGCUUCAACUAAGUCACCCUUCUCCAUGGCUCCUAAACCUCACUUCUUCAACCCCUUCGCCAAUCCUUCUGCAGCAUGUUGAUUGAUUCUUAUUAUGAAUUAGGUUUUUAGUUUUGUUUUUGUCGUUAAAAAAGAAAAAAAAAAACAACGAAAGAAGAGUUUCCCGGCAACCUUUGUAUUUUUUUGGUUGGGGGAUAGGAUACGUACGAUGGAUUACUACAUCAGGUAGUGAAAAGUUAAGGGUGUAAUUAACUAAUACUGUAGAAAUUUGUAACUGCUGAUCAAAAUUACUUUUUACUUUUGAUCCUUUUGUUGUAUGUUUAUAAAUCGUUAUAGAAGAAGACAUCCAUAUGUAUGAAGGAAUGAAUCACUAUUAUUUUAUUGUUAA